AGAUGCCCGAGAGCGCCAGAAAACAAGCUUGAGCGGGUGAUAGAGCAGAGGUCUCCCCGGGACAGUGAGACUCGGAGGAGAGGGCUGAAGGUGGAAGUGAAGGGGGACUACCCGCUUAUUUCUUAAGGAGGGAAUAAAGCUGGUAUGUUCGAUUGAAGAAAGAGAGAACCGGAGAGUGAGGAAAGGUGGACCUGGAGCUACAUUUGAAGGUUUAAUCCAGUCAUUCAAGAGGAGAAAAAGGUAAAUAUCUGCGUUUUCUCUCACUGAUGGUAUGUUCCCUGCUAAGUAAGAAGCUAAUUAUAGCCAAAGUUGCCUUUAUUAGUUUAAUUAUACCUCAAAAAGUUAUGACUUACUACAAGAUUUACCACAUCUUGUCUAAAUAUAGUGACUAAUUAGGGUGAAUGUGUCCUUUUCUCAACUAUAGACACAUAGUCUCCACCUCAUAUUACACCUAAUGCAGUAAGUUAAUGUCAUGUGGUAAAACGCUGUCUGUUUUAUAUGUAUUUAAGCAGUUUAUCAGUGUUAAAAUCAAACCAAUUCGCACUAUACUGAGGUUAAUAACUGUGUCAUAGGCGUUAGCUCGCUAAAGGCUAAUUAGCCGAAGCUCUGUGCGCCAAAUUCAGCCUCCCACCCGGCAGAGUUUGCAGCAACAUUACCGCCUAAAAUCUCCCUGUUCCCUCAUAAGACCUACAGGAAUAUCAGCCCGGGUAUUGAUGCAUGAUGUUCCGGUAAUAUCUUGACUUUUUUUGGCUGCAGAUGGAAGUUGAAUGUCUGGCUCUCAAAGACCUCACAAGUCCCAGGAAAAAAAGUUUCAAGGUGGAGUCAGAGGAGGAUGGGGGCCACAGUGAGCAGAAGGUAGGGUGGAUGAAUGAUUCAAGAGAUGUUAUAUCAUCUUUAGAGAGGAGUUAAGUCACGAGAAGAGCUGGAAACAGAUAAAUAUCCUCAUAUUUCUCUCUCAGGAAAACAUUUGCACCGAGAGGAGAAAAUCCACGCCCCUGAAAUCCACAGAGUCCCCCACCCCCCUCCUGAUCUUCAGGAAAGUCGCCACCCCUGACCUGGCCCACAUCACCCCCAUCAAGCACACAGUACUGACUGAACCCUGGACGCCCACAGCCAACCUGAAGAUGCUGAUCAGCGCUGCGAGUCCGGACAUCAGGGACAGGGAGAUGAAGAAGGUUCUGUUCAGGCCCAUAGAGAACGAGAAGGAGAAACCUGCGAGUCCACAAGUGAUGGCGGCGGAGGACGCCGAGGUGGAAGACUCUUGUCAGGUAUGUGAGACUUUUUGCAGCUGCCCAAGAGGUUAAAGGUCAACUUAAUAAUCAGUGAGGUGUUUCAAGUUAUGAGUAAAAUGUUUUAUUAUGAAGUUAGAUUCCAGCUGCUCAUUAUGGACUCAAAAUAUGAUAUGAAAACCUCAGAAAGUCCAAACUUUUCCCAAGAUAGAGAGUUUUCAAAAGCACAGACACAAACGCUCAAUUAUGCAGUAAUACAUGAUAAAACUGUGUUUUAUAAUAGAUGGCAGCCAGAGCCAAAGACAAUUAUUCGGCAUAUGCAAUAUUUUUGAGGUUUUUCCAGCCUCAUCAAAAACAUAAUUAAAGGCAUUAAAGGAUUCGAUUAGUUUCUCCAAAUCUGCCCCCUGAAAACACGUUACAGGAAAGUAAUUUAGAGCGCUGAUCUGAUUUGUGAGCCAAUUUAAACGCUGAGUCAAACUCACUAUCAGUUUUUUUUCGCAUCCCUUGAUUUUGAUUCAGCAAAGCCCCUCGAGGGGGUUUUGAAAUUCCCAUGACGGUGAUAAAGACCGGUUUUAUAUUUCGACCGUGUGCCUGUCUUUCCAGUUGGACGAGGAGGACGACGCGGACAAAAAGCCGAGCAGGAAGCAGAAGAGUCUGGGUCUGCUCUGUCAGAAGUUCUUGGCCCUCUACCCUGACUACCCCCCACCGCACAGCCCCAUCUGGAUCUCACUGGACGAGGUGGCCUCCAGUCUUGGUAAGACGCAGAUACCGGUGCCAACGCUGCCUUUGAUAACCCCUCAUGAAAAGGAGCGAUGACAGAGGCAGAUCAUGUCCUUUUAAUGAGCAUCGUAAAGCUCUUAUGUAAUUGCAUUUGGCAGUUGGUAUGGCAACAGCAGCCUGGUGUUUAUGGACGGACACCAGGCUGCAAAUCAGAGCAAGGCCGGCUAGUCUUUAUAACUCUCGCUAAAAAGUGUGAAAUGUGAGCUCGUAUUUUUCCACGCUCAAGUUUGUCGUCAUCUCUGAAACAUUCAGGAGUGGAGCGGCGGCGCAUCUACGACAUCGUCAACGUGCUGGAGUCCCUCACCAUCGUGGGUCGGAUAGCCAAGAACAGCUACACCUGGUACGGUCGCCAGCGGCUGGAGGCCACACUGGAGGAUUUGCAGAGGAGGGGUCUGCAGCAGGGCUACCACCUCCAGAUGGAGAUGGCCAAUGAGGCGAGAGAGGCUGCAGCGGGGUGUGAGGAUGAUGGAGCAGAAGGAGACGCCAACAGCGGUAAUGAAGAGAGGCUGGUUCUUUAUUUCUUUCACCUUUGCAUGUCUUUACUGUUGUGCUUUAACGGAGCUGAGGUUUAUUACAGAACUAAAACACCUUCCGUUAAAGCGGCGCAUACAAAAAUCAGAGCAGGAGCCACCGCGGCGAAAUAACCUCCACAUACGAGCGCCUCUACAUACUGACCUGACUUCUCUAGCGCGGUCACGGCGUUUCAAAACACAGAGCUACGACUAAAACAGCUCAGUAAAGGUACAGGCUGCAUAUUUAAGCCUCUCUGAUCCUGUGAUUGUAGCAGGAGGAUCAACAGACGUUAAAAACAGGUUAUUAAAGGACUAUUUCCAAUAUUUAUGGUGGUGAAUUAACAGUGCCCCCCUUUGUUGGUAAAUUUCGCGACAAAUUCAGGGCUGCAGUAAAUCAGAGCUUUCUCCCUCAGUGGAAAUGUUCAACCUAUAACGUCUAAAUUCUGAGGGUAAUGACGAGUUUGAAGCCCCCUUUCUGUUUUUUCAGGGUUCCUACGCAAGUAUGGAAAUAAAUUUGGCUAAUUUUCAGGAAUUAAAAAGAAUGGAAAAUGAAAAAAUAAUGUAUGAAAAAAUAUUUGUUUCCAGACUUUUACCAGUUUUCUAAAAAAAACACAAAAUCAGGUAUUUCCAAAAAAUAAUUUCACCGAUCCAGAUCGUGUUUUGUGCUGAGCCAAGCACAGUUUGUGUGAGAGGAAACAUUUCAAAAACAUACUAACCCUUUUACCUGAUUGACAAGUCGUGCAAAAAAUCUAAUAUAUUAGAGAAAAGUAAAAGCACACCGAUCCAGAUCAAAUCGCACAAUAUAUAACGAUAAAACGAUAUGAGUAAAAGUGUCGUAUAAAGAAAUCUGUGCACAACAAAACACUCUGCAUUCAUGGUUAAAAUGUCCCUGUGAAUAACAAGUGAGGACGUGUUUUCUGUCUGUUUUUUACACAUCUUGCACCUCUGUCUUAUCUUCCUGUAGCAGCAAUCACAAUUCAAACAAAUCUGCCUCCGAAGUGAGAUUUAUUUCACAGUUUUGUCCUGCAGGUUUGAAACCUAAUAACAUCAAACGGACCAUAAUAGAGAGUUUUCAGGGAUAAAGCAGAGUUAAAUCUACCAAAAUUGCUUCAUUUUUCUGGGAGAUUUGUAAAAAUCAUCCCAUCAUGUGUGACGUGUGUGAUCCUGAAGCGGUGUCAAAUAUUCUCUAACGUUUCUCUGCUUUUGUAGCAGGCAGCAACAGAAAGGACAAAUCUCUGCGCAUCAUGAGCCAAAAGUUCGUCAUGCUGUUCCUGGUGUCCAAAACUCAGACCGUCACUCUGGACGCAGCGGCAAAGGUCCUCAUCGAGGAGAGCCAGGACUCAUCCAGUCACAGCAAGUAUAAAAGUAAGAGCAGAGAGGAUUCCUGCUAAUGUGUGAGUCCGGUUUGUUUUAUUUUAGUCAAACUAAACUUCAUCUCUGUUCCUGUAGCUAAGGUGCGCCGGCUGUAUGAUAUCGCCAAUGUGCUGACCAGUUUGGACCUGAUAAAGAAAGUCCACGUCCGGGAGGAGAGGGGCAGGAAACCGGCUUUCACAUGGCUCGGCCCUGUGGAGUUUAAAAACUCUGGGAGUGGAGGUAAGACCUCGACAAACACUUCUCAAAGACUUCAGGGGAUUAAAUUUAAAGCUGCUGAUAUUUUAACGCUAACCUCGCUGUUAUCUCUCUCUGUGAACACCUCAGCCGUCACUCUGCCUGGAAUCACUCAGCCGAUAACAAAAGAAGACAUCAGACAGUUAAAAAUGCCCCGCCACGCGUCUUUUAACGUCACACCAACCUCUGCGGCCGUGCAGCGUCAGGUCAGCUCUGCACCCAGCAGUCCACGUCGAAAUCCUGCAGGUAACACUCUGUUUCCGUUUCUACGUUACCGUUAGACAUGUGGGACGGCGUCACUCUUACAGUGUUUUCUCUCCUUUCCUCUCAUCGCAGGUCCACAACACCAGCCUGUGGAUUACUCCAAAAAGAUGACAAACAACAACAACAACACGGCGUGUCAAGUGAGGAUUGAAAACAGCACUGAGUGAGUUAACAAAUGGUUUACUAAAAGAGAACAGAUGCAAAACAUGACAUGGAAGUAAGCCGCAACAGCCGCACUUUACAAACAAUGCAACACAGUGUUUGCGUACCUGUGUUCCUCACAGGUGUUCCCACCUCCUCACACCGUCCAAAAAUGAGCUCAUCGGGGUAAUUUGCACUUUCAGUCCCCUGCAGGAUUAAGUGUGUGGAUCGGUUCCAGCUGCCUGCAACCUCUGAGUGGAUAAACAGUUAAGAAAAUGGUGAUAAUAAUAAUAAUAAUAACUUUAUUUAUACAGCACUUCUAAUAAGAGUUCACAAAGUGCUUUAACAUGGAGGAAAACUUGAGGGAAAGAGACCAGACAAGACGAAAACCAGUGGAAGACAGAAAAGUUUUGAUGCGUGUCACAUGAGCUGAGACGUCACUAAAACAAAGACAUCAUAAGGACCCGUGAUACCUGGCCAACAUAGGAGCCCAACCACAAAAACCUGAGACCAGGGGGACCAUUAUAUUAAGGAAGACAAAUCCACCUCCUCAGGGGCCCCGAUGGAAAAGACCCUGUCAACUUUAGUUACAAGUCUUGACUUUGGAACAACCAGGAGGCCCCGACCUGAGGAUCUCUGAUUUACUGUAAACUGUUGCUCGCUUUUGCAGCUACAGCCUGUUCGUAUCAAAGAGAGUCCACAACAAGUCAUACUUUGAUGGGCAUUAAGCAGUUAAAGGGAUAUUCCGGUGUAAAAUUAAUUCAGGGUCAAACACACCGUAACACCGAGUUAGACACCCGCUUGCUUUCUAGUUAUACCAACUUUAGAAACAACCACACGAUAGCAAUACACAGCGGUCAAAGGAGCCAUAAACAAACCUCAACCAAAAGUCCACUCUAUAACCUCAAAUAAUGCUCAGAACAGCACCUAACUUCAUCAACAGGACAUAUAGGGUCACAGACAUAGUACUAGACACCAAACAUCUUUUUAACUUUGACUCAUUUCUUUAGCAAAGAGACUAAACACAACUCACCUACUCUCUUCCAGCAGACGCUUGUUUGUAAUGAGACCUCAGGCCAGUCCGUUACGGACUACAGCGGGGUGACGCAGCUCAAGGAAGAACAUUUAUGAUCAUUUCUUCAUGGAAAUACAAUCAGACUGAGACGCUAAGACAGAAGAACUACUGUGUCUGCAGAGCAAAAUGAUAAAUAUGAUGAUUAUUACUACAAGGAAAUAAUAAAGAAAUGUGGCUAUAGAGUGGCGUUUUGGUUGAGGGCGUGGUUCUCUGUACUGCUAUCGUGCGGUCGUUACUAAAGUUGGUAUAACUAGAGAAGGAAGCGGUCGGCAACAUUCAUCUUUCGAGGGGGUGUCAACUUGGGGUUACGGUGUGUUUGACCAGAAAUGAAUUUUACGCUGGAAUAUCCCUUUAACUUUUGAAUCAAGCCUUUUAACUUCUUGCUCCUUCCUGUCUUGUUUCCUCUGUAGGAUCCGUCCUGGUGCAUCCCUGCAGACCUCCUCCACCUGCAGCAGCAGGAGCAGCCCGCUGCCUCCGUCCACCUCCUACCCAACCCUGCUGGCCUCUUCUCUCCCCACAGAGCAACAACUCUUCGCCAACUCCCCCUCCCCGCACUGCUUGGCUUACCUCCCCAGCCUUUCCCAGCCCUCCGUGGUCAUGCUGUACAGGGCGCCAGACAGGCCUGAAGGUCAGAGGUCGCCUGGGUCAGAGUCUGAGGAGGGAAGGAAGAGGAAGAGGGAAGAAAGGGAAGAGGAGGAGGAGGUGUUGAGGAAGAAGAAGGGAAUCUCCGGGUUAGAGGAAAAUGACAAGGUGAGAGGAUGUUGGAUAUGCUUUGUUUACACCAUGUAGUUUAAAUUAACAACAUUAUUAUUCCAGUUCAGUUCAUUCAUGAUUAUAUGAUGUCUUAUAAGAGGCUAAAUAACAAGACCCCGUCAUAACUCUGGAGAGCAGAGCGUUAAAUUGGAAAUGUGAAUUUCUACACGCUGACUGGUUAGAAGAAGUCGUUCCUGCUUUAAUUAAAAACUUAUUCCAGUGAUUUACAGGAUGUUCGUAAAGUGAAAACCCUCGCAAUCAGUCAGGCUGCACAAUCCUGCUAAUUGGACAAGUCACAUUUUUCAUGGUCUUUAAGAAAGGUAGAUUAAAAGACUGUAAGCUGUGAUCUCCAGCAUGACUCGGCAGAAGUUAACUCCGGUGUAAUCAGAGGGGAGACGCAUUAAACGCUGCUUUGAUUUAAGAUGAUAAAGUGAAUAUUGACUUAAAUACACAAAUCAGAGGUUUCUCCAUCUUUGAGUCCACUUUAAUUAUCGCCUGUGUUUUUUUUUUCUCCCAGAUGAGACCUGAAUCAGCUGAGUGCAGAAACAGGACUUCUCCCGAUCAUCCGGCUGGUCUUCUCAGAGAGCAGGAGGCCCCUGAGAGUCCCGCCGAGGAGCCGGCCCAGCCUUCACACUACCUCUAUGUGCCCAACAACGCAGGUAUGGACACGGCUUUGAUCGCAGACACUCGUGUGUAGGGCUGGGCGAUACGGCCUCAAAUCAGUAUCACGAUAUGUUGAGCAGUUCACCUCGAUAACGAUAAAUGGACGAUAACUACUGCUCACCCCCUCCUACAUUAACUUCAUCGACUCUAGGCCUGCACGAUAUAUCGUUUGACUAUCGUCAUCGCGAUGUACGUGUGUGCGAUAGUCACAUCGCAGAGCCUGCGAUAUUGGAGGUGAAUGAACUCAUUUAAUUUCAAGGGUAACCGACUGAGAUACACUCCAUGUGACUCUGCAUGUGCUGUGCAGCGAUCCACCAAUCGCCUUCGUCCUUAACUCAGUUGCCAAUCAGACUCACUUCUCAGCUGCCAAUCAGACUACCCUGCCAGCUGUCAAUCAAAAUCAGGGAGGAGGAAACCCACCCCUGCACAUGUUCUGCACAUGGAGGGAGACGUGUGUCCGCUGAGAAUUACUUUCGGAACUUUACUCAUGACUAUUAAGCCCAACAAAUAAGAACUGUAUGGGUUUUAAAUUGUACAUUUCCGUGGACCACUCUACUAUAAGCAGUGCGCGUUUUGCGAGGUGCAUGCAAUUCUCGGAGGACAUGCGUUUCUCGGCACAACACCGCUAACAACAACAACAACGAUCGCAAAAUGAACAACGAACAAGCGAAAACCACCGAAAAUGAAGACUUGUUGCCAAAAAGAAAAGGAAAGUCAGUUAUCUGGAAUUAUUUCGGUUAAAAGAAGGAUGAUGUUGACCAAAACACGUCUUCUGUGUUCACCUGUCGCCACAAUAACGUCCCAGAACUAUAAAAGCUAAAAAUAUCUCUGAGACAGACAGAAGCCGUUCUACUAACAUUCACAAAAAGAGGUAAGAUCAGAGCAGAUUAACUGUCCUCAAGAUUUCAGCAGUGCAGCAUAACAUUAAGUGCUAUUCAGGUCAUCUGGUGAAAAUACUGUAUUUUUAAUAUCGCAAUAUAUAUCGCAGGGUUGAAAAAAUCGCAAUAUUAUUUUUUUCCAAUAUCGUGCAGCCUUAAUCGACUCCACUCCAGCCGCUACAACUUUUCAACCGUCCUCCAUCUCCUCACCUGUCUUUCCCUCUUUGUAGGACAGCGUCUUAAAGGUACAUGAGACCACAGCCUACCUACACACAUCCAAAACCAACUUGUAUUUAUUUUUUUGACACCGAAUUAACCGAUAUGGGCAAAAUGAUGUCAAUUAUUCUCGUAAAUUUCAGUAUCUGUAAAUUUUCGGUUUAUCGCCCAGCCCUACUCGCACACGCCUCUAAAACUUUAAGAGUUCUCGUUUUGUUUGUGUUAAUAGAAACUCAAUUUAUCCAUCGCUUCAUCUUCAGGUUUGAGCAGCUUCAACUUCCUCCUCACUGCUGGUCAGACGCCGGCCGGUCUUGCACUUCCGUCCAGCAGCGUCGCCACCGUGCCGCUGCCGUACAUCCUGGUUCCCUCUGCAGCCCUCCCUCACUACCCCCUGGUGGCCGGCGGUCUGCAGCAGCAAACCUCCGAAACCCACAACAACCUGAGCUUCAGCCUGCCCGCUGUGAUGUCACCCGCACACUUUAUGGUCGGGGCGGCGCCGUUUGGCCUCGCAGCACCCUCGGAGGUCGGGAGGUCGAUUCCGUCGCCGUCCACGCCAGAGCAGGGCAGGAUGUUCACGCCGGCUACAGGAGCUCCACAGUCUCCUUCAGGGACUCGUCACACUGUCAGCAUCAACACACCAGAACCACUGGUAAGACCUCCAGAUCUCCGCUGUGAUGAUCACCUUUUAAAAAUGCCACGGCGCAGCUUGACUCGAGCGCAUGUUCAGUUUUUGUUUGUUUGUCACAGCAGUCCAAGUUGAUUCAGCUCCAAGUUGUUAAAAAGGGAUUAAUGUUCUUUUCUGCGAGACUAAAGAAAGUCUGCCAGCUUAACUUUUUCACAAACACAGACGCUUCUUGACGACCCGCUGAGGCGCUGGCAGGGAAGGAGAAUUAAAGACCGACUUAAUAAUGAGUCUGGACAACAACGGUGAUGCUAUGAGAGAUUAGAUGAGCUGAUGGUUUUUAAAGGCUCCUCUGCAGAAACUAUGAAAUGCAUCCCACUACAUACAUCCCUGCAAACAUCUCACAUGUGUGGCUUUUUAAGGAUAUUUGAUGUUAAAAAAAAACGAGCCGUUUCUGCCGUCAUCUGAUCCGACACACACCCCUCACAGCGGCUUCAGACUCUAAUCAUACCUAUAGAAACUGUCGGUCUUGGUGCUGAUGGUCUUGUUUGCUUUUCAGGUCACAAAGAGGUCCAGUAUCAGUUUCAGUAUGUCCUCACAGUGGGUUUAAACAAUCCUGGGUGGUUUUAUCAUCGUUUUUAUGAAUGUAGCUUAUGCAAAGUGGUGCUUUUUUUAAACCUUCUGACAACAAAUUUUGUGGAUGGGAAUUGAUGCAAUUUUAUCGAUAUCGUUGCAAUUAAAGAUUCUGCUUAUCAAUUCAAUUCUUUAACGAUUCUCUUAACAAUGUCUUUCUUUGAUUUAAAAAAAAGUAGACUAGAAGUUUUCAAUGUUAACUCAAAAUUUUAUUGAAUCUUUGAUAACAGAAAAAAAUGUAGUCUCAUAAAAAUUUAACGACAAACUAUUUGUACAUUUACUUGGUCGUCAUUAAGUCAAAUUAGGGUUUUGAGGGUUUUCUGGUCGGGUUGAGUGUUUUUUUUUACCUGCGCCUGGCUCAGUUAGUCCACGCUGCACAAACUCAAAACUCCCAAACAAGACUCGCUGUCGUAAAACUUUUCGUACCAUCCACCGGGUUGAAAUGUGAAUGUUGUCGAUGGAUUGAACCAUUUGGAACCGGUUCUCGAUUCCCAUCUCUAAUAACAUCUCUCUCUACCUCUGCAGACGCCUCACACUCCCAAGGAAGCCCCUCUGUCCGCUUCCAAGGCUUUCUUCCAGACCCCCGGCACUCUGGGAAAUGUAGUCAGCGCUGUGCCGGCGGCUCGAAAAAGAGGCUCCGCUCAGAGAAGGCUGGACGUCGGACACCCUCCUCCUCCAACCUGUUAGGUGUCGUGUGCAGAGGAGGAUCUCAGGUUUUUAUCCUGAAUGUGAAAAAUAUAGUUACAAAUCAUUGG